GAGAACAGCGCUCGCCGAGUGACGGGAUGGAGAAGGGUGUGCUGCAGCUGCUUCUUUCCAUAGCGUUAUACAGGUCUCCGGUCCUGGGGUUUACUUUCGAGGCAGAAAGCCGGCUUCGGACUGACCUGUUGACCAAUUACUCCUUGAAGGUUCGUCCACUGAGUGUCACGGACGUCGGACUCGCCUUCAACAUCAUUACGGUUAACGAUCUGGUGACCCGGACUCAGACGUUUUCCGUGUCAGGCUACUUCACAGUGGUAUGGAACGACACACGCCUGGAAUGGAACACUACAAAGUACGACGACAUUAUGUUCAUCUUUUCCGAUGAAACUGAAAUAUGGCGACCCUCGCUCGUGGUAAAAAACGCAAUCGACAAUUUAGACGUCAUAGCUAACGAACACAUUCCACUGAGAGUCAGUAACGAGGGCAGAAUAAACUGGAAUCCACCCGGAAUUUACAAAACCUACUGCGACAUUGACAUCACCUACUACCCCUUCGAUUUCCAGCUAUGUUCUGUCAUCAUUCAAAGCUGGGGCUACCACAUCAGGGAACUUGACUUAAAGAAAUAUCGCGAGAGUGUGGACACUGCUGCGUAUGUAAAAAACGGGGAGUGGAGCUUGAUAGAGGCUUUCAGCGAGAGACAGGAGGAGAAGCGUACACUUAGCGCUGACGUCGAUACCUAUGCCACGGUUGCCUUCAAAUUCCGACUUCAGCGGAGACCAGAAUAUUAUGGCAUCAACAUCAUCCUUCCCGUGGUGGUUCUGUCCAUCCUGUCGGCCCUGGUGUUCGUCCUGCCUCCGGACAGCGGGGAGAAGAUGGGCUACUCUCUCACGGUGCUUCUCUCCUUUGCUGUCUUCCUGACUCUCAUCGCCGACAGCAUGCCUACCACCUCCCGCAACACCUCCUACAUGGCCAUGUACCUGGCUGUCAUCCUCUGUCUGAGCGGCCUGUCCGUAGUGCUGACCAUCGUCGUCCUGGACUUCAACUUCCGGGAAGGUAAAGUGACGCCGUGGCUGGAACAUGCAACCAGGUGUGUAGUUAUGCCCUUGACCUGUGCCCGGAGCUUGAACCGGAAGUCGAGGUCAGCGUCAGUCAGCAGCAACGACACUGUGGAAGAUCCCAAGGUCAAGGACAUUCAGAAUGCAGUCCACGAGAGUGAUCCAACCAACGCCGAUGGCAUCGCGAGUGCCCCCUCUACCAGCCCCAGUGCAGAGAUGACAUGGCAGGAGAUAGCCAGAGCCUUUGACGCACUUUUCUUCAGGCUGUAUCUGGGUACAAUAGCAACCGUCACCAUCGUAGUCUUAGUUUUCCUGAGUUCGAUAAUGCUCAAUAGAGACACUGAGAUUUAGGCUUCUCACUUCGCUUAUCCAGUGCUUUAUAGAUCCUUGCUAUCAGAAGGAAUACCCUGGAACAUCACUACCAUAACUUCCUUUAUAUUCGAAAGACAGACAGCUACAAAUUGCAGUCUAUAGUAUAUUCAUGAGCAAGAAACGCUAUGUGAUAAGUAUGUGAUAAGUUAGUGAAACGUAUGUAAUAAAUUCAUAAUAAGGUAAUGAUAAAUUAGUGAUAAGUAUGUAAUAUGUUGGUGACACGUAUAUGAUAAGUUAGUGAUAAGAAUGUAAUAAUUUAGUGAUUAGUGUGUGAUAAGUAUGUGAUAAGUUAGUGAUGAGUAUGUGAUAAGUUAGUGAUAAGUAUGUGAUGAUAAGUUAGUAAUGAGUAUGUGAUAUGUUAGUGAUAAGUUAGUUACACAUAUGUGAGAAGUAUGUGAUACGUUAGUGAUUAGUAUGUGAUAAAUUAGAAAUAAGUAUGUGAUAAGUUAGUGAUGAGUAUGUGAUAAGUUAGUGAUAAGUUUGUGACACGUAUGUGAUAAGUUUAUGAUAAAGUAGUGAUGAGUAUGUGAUAAGUUAGUGAUAGGUAUGUGAUAAGUAUUUGAUAAGUAUGUGAUAAGUUAGUGAUGAGUAUGUGAUACGUUUAUGACACGUAUGUGAUAAGUAUGUGAUAAGUAUGUGAUAAGUUAGUGAUGAGUAUGUGAUAAGUUAGUGAUAGGUAUGUGUUAAGUAUGUGAUAAGUUAGUGAUGAGUAUGUGAUACGCUUAUGACACGUAUGUGAGAAUUAUAAGAUACAGGUGGUAAGAUACUAAAUCCGUACGUCACACGUGCGUCGUACAAGGUUGACCUUGUUUUAUUCGUUUUGAUUGGAUAACCGUGACGUCUGUCAGACCGGGCCUAUUUUUUCCAUUCAUAAAAAAUC